CCUUGGGUUCCAGGCAGCUCGUCCGCCAGCUACCGCCGCCGCGUGUCGCCGCCGUCACUUCCCGUCGCGCUUGGGUGCGAGCCGCAGCAGCAGGCCGGAUACGGGAUGGGGAACAAGGAGGAGGAGGAUGAGGAGGAGCAGGAGGAGGAGGAGGAGGAGGAGCGGGCGAUAGAGGGCCUCCCCAACCACCUCCUCCGGGAGGAGAUCCUGUCGCGGGUGCCGUACCAGUCUCUGUGCCGCUCAAGGUGCGUGUCCACGGCGUGGUUCGUUCUCUGCUACGACCCCGCCGUCCUCAGGAGGUCGCCCCAGACGCUCUCCGGCUUCUUCGGCCUCUCCGGCAGCGGCAACAACGGCUUCAUUAACCUAUCCGGAAAAGGCCAGCCGCUGGUCGACCCCUCUCUCCCUUUCUUGUGCGAGCACAAGUACGUGUACGUCUGUCUCCUAGACUGCUGCGCCGGCAUUCUCCUCUGCCAAGGCUGGAAUCAGGCCACCAAACGCUCGGAAUACGUCGUGUGCAACCCUGCCACCGAGGAGAUUUGGGCUGCGGUGAGUGUGCCUCACACGCAAGAGAAGGGGGCUCCGCGACACUACACCUUCUGCUUGUGUUUCGACCCCGCCGUACCUCACCGUUUUGCAGUAUUCAUCUUCAUUCCUGGUUUCUACGACAUAAGUAUGGUAGAGGUAUACACAUCGGAUACCCGAAAAUGGACUUCCAUGCCGAGCGGAUGGGGUGAAUGGAUUCGGGUGUUUGGUGGCGAAGGAUAUGUUUUCUUAAAUGACACUCUGCAUUUCAUUGCCUAUGAUUCCGAGGAGGACACAUUUGACUCGGAUGGGGUCACAACACGCUCGAUAGUUACCAUAGACACGUCUGGCAAUACGUGGAGGAAAAUUCCACAACCGCCCAAAGUUGAUUUUACUUUUAUCGGGCAAUCUCUGGGGUGCUUAUAUGGUAUGCAGAUAGAUCAUGGUAACGGUUGUCUGCUAUCAGUUUGGGCUCUUGAGAACUAUGCUAGUGGACAGUGGACCUUAAAGCACACUGCCAGCAUUUUGGAGCUGCUAGAAAGGCCUUGUCUAGAGCACGGUGAGCACUACACCUUGGUUGCAAUCCAUCCGGAACAGAACCUAAUUUUCCUUAGUGGAGGGGUGGAAUCGGAACAGACACUUAUGUCGUAUGAUAUGGAUACCCAGAAAUUGCAUAGUAUCUGCACUCUUGGAGACUAUGGUAUGGUAAACCUUCAGCCAUACGUUCCCUGUUUUGCGGAACGGCCAUCUGAUGCUCAGUGAAAUUUGGAGGGGCCGGCUUCGUAUUUGCCAAGUUGGCAUGGCUCCGGUGCGGUCAGGAAACUCAGCUGUUGGGUUGGGUCAUAUAUACCUUCUAGUUUCCAGCCAUGGAUUACAUAAGUCCUUCAUCUACUCGAAGCUUGUAAGCCAUCCUUUCGUGUGUAAUGCAGUUAUAUGACUAUCAAAUUUGGUUAUCAUCUGCUGGUGUACAGUUGCAUUCCUUUUCGUGGUUGUCAACAGUGAUGUUCAACCACCGAAGCUUGUAAGCCAUCCUUUCGUGUGUAAUGCAGUUAUAUGACUGAACCUAGUCACAUAAAACUCUUUCCUUCAUGUAAUAAUUGUCGUCGUCACUUGUUA